AUGAGACCAACCCAAGCCCUCUCCGUUGGGCGCUACCGCCACCUGAAGCUCACAACAAAAGAUGUCGGCAAGGGCUUCUACAAGGGCAAUCGAACCGGCUCCAUGGGUCGCCACACAAAAUACGGAGGAUACACAAUCGAGUGGAACAAGGUGCGGACGUACGUCGUCCCAGACCUCAAAGACUUCAAGCUCACGCCGUUUGUGAGCCGGCAGAUUAGGUUGCAGCCGGGCGAUUACAAGGGCUUGGAAAAGGGCCCCCAGGACCCCUACUUUUAUGUUGAGCAGUGGAAGCGGUUCAAUGGCGUGGACUGA